AUGAAGUCCUUCAUCGCAGCAACGCUGUUUGCCGCCACGGCUUUGGCCGAUUUGUGUGCUCAUGGCAGCACCGAUGACAAUGGCAACUAUUACUGCCAGAAGGUCAACGCGAUCACCUAUUCAGGCGUUGGUGGGACGGGAUCGUACAACAAGAUCACCGCCAUGGACUCCACCGGAGGCACAUGCGCCAGCUCGCCCAGUGGCUACUCUGGAACCAUGUCACCUUUCGACGAAGAGGUGUCAAUGCACUUCCGCGGCCCAUUGAAUCUGAAGCAGUUCGCCGUCUACACUCCGAGCUCGUCCCCCAGCAAGGCGAAGCUGGCCCGCCGUAGUGCAAACGACAGGCGCCAUGCCCACGGACAUGGCCACGCGCAUUUGCACCAUGCUCGUGACGCCGCUGCGAAGGAGAAGCGCGGGCUCGGCGAUAUGGUCACUGCCAUGAUCAACGGCGAAGUAGUCUCGUGGGUGAACGAGUAUGCCGGCGGUGCAGCUGCCACAUCUGCUGCCGCACCUGCAGCAUCCACUGCGGAAGCCUCUGCGCCAGCCGCCUACCAGCCGGCUCGCCGUCCGGCUGCCGCAUCCUCUGAUGCAUCCGCCAGCUCGCACUCUUCUGCGUCUUCGUCUGACGAUGACUCCAGCUCUUCAAAUGGAUGGACCCGCCAGGCAUACUACGACGCCUCGUCCGGAACUUCUAAUGGUCUUGUCUUCCUGAACCACGAGGGUGGCACUGGUUCCGGCGUCUUCGAUAUGCAGUUUGGAAACUCUCUGUCAUACGCCAGCACCGAUGCCUGCUCCGGUGUCGCGGCUCCCACUGUCCUCGAGGAUUGCACGCUCAAGUCGUCCACCGAGGUCGUCAUUAUGAGUGACAAAAAGUGUUCCGACGACGAAGGCUGUGGCUUCUCCCGUGACGGCACCGUUGCUUACCACGGCUUCGACGGCCCAAGUAAGGCAUUCUUCUUCGAGUUCGGCAUGCCAGACAGUGGCGAGACUGCCACCAACCCUUACGACCCAGUCAAUAUGCCCGCCAUCUGGAUGCUAAACGCUCAAAUACCACGCACGCUCCAGUACGGCAAGCCAGAGUGCUCGUGCUGGACCACCGGAUGCGGCGAAUUCGAUAUCUUCGAGGUUCUCGCGGCUGGCGACACUCGCUGCAAGAGCACCAUGCACGGCAACAUCGCCGGGGGUGACAGCGAUUACUUUGAGCGCCCAGUGACCGGAACCAUCAAGGCUGCAUUGCUCCUGUACAAGGACAACAUGCAUAUCAAGAUCAUCGACAACAGCACCGAGUUCGGCAACGACAUGCCAAUGACGUUCCUUGAUGACAUGGUCAAGGACACCAUGGAGGACAGCCUGAGCAACUUGGUUUCCCUCUUCAAGCUGAGCUCGUAG